GAAAUAUUUGGAUGUGGAUGGAAAUUUAAAUAUUUAAUGCUAUAAUUUAGAGUAAUUGUAAAUCCGAAAAUGGAUAUAACGUAAUAACGUGAUAGUGAAGCUAUCUGAUGAGUCGGAUCGGAAAACAGGUGUAUCAUACACCGACACACACGCAACAAAAACCCCUCACUCGCCGCCGCCUUCUUCUUUCUUCUCCGAUCAAACCCUCCGAUUCUCUAUUCCCUCAUUUUCACUGCUACAAUCUCUCCCCGCUCUGCUCUGAUUCCUCUUUCUGAAAUUCUAUGGCUCACAAUCUCAUCGACCGGACUGAUCUCUGGAAGAACAAGGCCCGCUCCCUCCAGCUCCGCCUCAGGGAUCGCUUCCGUGUCGCCGUCGACAACCACCGCCACAGACCUGCCAUAUUCUCCGAUAGCUACUUCUCCUUCACUCUCUGUCUUUGGCUUCAGAGGUUUCGUGAUUUUCGCCAUGAUUUGCCGUCCUCCACUGUUUUUUAUCGCAAGCGAGUUGGCAAGGAUUUCAACGAUGGAGAAGAAUCGUUCAUUCUUCGGAUGCUUCAGGCUGUAGUUGUUCCUGUUCUUGGGAAUGUUUGCCAUGUGUUUAUGCAUGGUUUGAAUCGUGUACAGGUAUACGGUCUUGAGAAACUACACAAAGCUGUGUUGCAAAGACCAAAGGACCAACCUCUUGUUACAGUUAGCAAUCAUGUGGCCUCUGUAGACGACCCUUUUGUAAUUGCAGCACUGCUUCCUCCAAGUGUACUUUUUGAUGCCCAGAACUUGAGAUGGACUCUAUGUGCAACAGAUCGAUGUUUUAACAAUUCUGUCACUUCUGCAUUUUUUAGUACUGUGAAAGUCCUGCCAGUUGCCCGUGGUGAUGGUAUUUAUCAGAAGGGAAUGGACAUGGCUAUUUCAAAAUUGAAUCAUGGAGGGUGGGUUCACAUCUUUCCAGAGGGAAGUCGUUCACGAGAUGGUGGAAAAACAAUGGGUUCUUCAAAAAGAGGCAUUGCAAGGCUGAUUUUAGAUGCAGACACUGUGCCUACAGUUAUCCCAUUUGUUCACACGGGGAUGCAGGAGAUCAUGCCUAUUGGAGCUAAAAUUCCCAAGAUUGGAAAGACGGUGACAAUUCUAAUAGGUGAUCCCAUUGAAUUUGAAGAUUUACUCAACUCUGAAAAAGCACAAAAGUUCUCGAGGGGAAAGUUAUAUGAUGCAGUUGCUUCAAGAGUUGGAAAUCGGUUGCUUGAAAUGAAGCUUCAAGUUGAAAAACUAGCUCACGAUCGUGCGUUGGAUAUGCAAAAUCAUCAAAUGAGUGGCACAGAACGAGCAGCCAUUAUGUUGCAGCAAAUUGAUUGGGAGUCAUUUGGUAGUGGGAGCUUUAUUUCCAUUGACUACAAUUCUCCCACCAAGCAAGAAACUCAAACUCAGUCCGAUUUGGAUGUUUCCUCAGCAGAGCAAUCUGUUUCUGAUUGGAAUUUCAGAAUGCGUCUUUCUCGAGAGGGUGGAUUCAUAUCAAGAAUGCGUGGUUACAUCGAUCCUACUGAGUUCAUGAGUUUUGCAGCGAGAGGCUUGUUCAGGAAUUAUAGAACAGGAGGCAACUCUGAAUUGGGUGAGGCAAAUCGGCCACUAAAGGCAUGGAAACGAUUUGUAGAAGCCAAUGUGAAACGGGGUAGUGGUACUCUUAGAAACAUUACAAGUUACAACAAUUUGACUGUUUUAAUGAGAUGAAUGAAUGAUCGACCGCUCGGUUGGCCCCUUUGUAAAAAGAAUGAUAGAAAUUUGGCAUCAAGAUCAUAGGUUUUCACGAACUCGAUCGGAGCAGAUAUCUACCCCUGUAAUUUGUGUUUUGGUAAAACCAAUAUAGGUGGAAGGUGAGAAGUAAAGAGAGUAGAAUAGUUUUUGUAUCCACUCAAUCUAGAGAUACUAGAGAUAUGAAGCCACUUAUUCAGGUGGAAUCUGUUUGUAAAGGUGAAAGAUCAAGCUUUCCAAUUUUCGCUACAUUGCUGGCUAUCUAGAACGCUAAUGGGAUACGUUUUAGAUUAAGCCUUUUCCACUUUUUUAUGCCAUGUUGUGUUGGCUUUAUGAUGG